GUGUGUGUGUGUGUGUGUGUGUGUGUGUGUGUGUGUGUGUGUGUGUGUGUGUGUGUGUGUGUGUCACACGUCCUCCUCUCCGCUCAUUAGACUGAAGGAUGGAGACAGAACAGAGGAAACAAUAAAGAUGAACUGAUCCAUUGGAUGUAAAACAGAAGACGGAAAUAAGACUAUAAACAUUUUCCCAGUGAUUUUCGGACCAUUUGUGUGUUUGUCUGUGAUGGUGGACUCGGUACCGGAGAUCAGGCCUCUGGAGCGCUAUGAGCCGAACCGAGCCAAAACCUGCGCCAGUCUCCGGUGGCUCCUGUGCAAAGCGUUCGGUUCCUCAGAUGAUGUUCCAGCAGAUCUGAGUGAAUCUAUACCUAGUGAUCAGGAUGGUGAUGCAGUGGGCGUGGCUCUGGAGUGCCUCCUGCUGUCCUGUGAGCUGUACUCUCGCACAUAUCUGUCUGUCCAGCAGCGAAACACACACUCGCAAACACACUCACACACACACUCGCACAAAGACCUGCUGCAGCUACUCCAGCAGCACAGUGCACCACCAAUACACACUCAAACACACACACCGGUCACGGACACUGAACUGUCAAGCAAACCUAUCAACAUGGCAGCUCAUUUGGCCCUGAUAGAUUCCCUGAUGUCACUGGCUGCCAUGGAGACGGUCAGCGUGGUAAAGAUGGCCAAGGAGGCGGAGCAGUUUGGGGAUGGAAGCAGCUGGGAAAACUCACUCCUGUUCUGGAUCAACAAGUUGAAUCAAAAGUUGAGAGAGAGCACAGAGACUGAAGAGGGUCAGAAGACACAACGCUGCACAGAUCUCCAACCUCUUCAACCAUCUUGUCCAUCACGCUGGUACUGGAAGCUGGUUCCACAUGCCAUCGCUUUUUGUUUGAAGGAGUCGGGGAAAAAACCUCCAGUGAUCCGCUACAGAAAGGACAAGGUGCGAUCUAAACAGACUCCCACCUUUUCAGUCGUGUCUGGAGUGCAAGAUCUGUCCAACGGCUGUGCCAUCGCUGCUACCGUACACUUCUACUGCCCCCAGAUUUUGCCCCUAGAAGAAGUUUGUCUGAAGGACACCAUGUCAGUAGCAGACAGCUUAUAUAAUCUGCAGUUGAUUAGAGAGUUUUGCAAUGACCACCUGCAAGGCUGCUGCCCACUAGGUUUUGAGGACCUACUGUAUGCCCCGCCCAUAUUAUGGGUGAACAUCAUGUGCUUCUUGGCUGAGCUCCUUGCUGUGUUUGAAGUGCAAAAACCUGAUAUAGUCAAGCCAGUGCACAGCUUGGACCUGACAGAUGCCUCUGAUUUAAAGGACUGCACCAGCCCUAUCAAUGGCAAUAGUGGAUCACAGUUCCUGCUUAAGCAACCCCUCUUAUCAUUGACAUCCCCAGUUUCUUCUAAUGGUGGAACAGAUGGCCGAGGCUGGGGUAAAAAACAGAUCAGUCGUCCUUUCUCUGCUGUGGCUUUUAGCAUUCCUUUUCCUCUGGACAGUGAUGUGGAUGUCGUAAUGGGCAAUCCUCUGUUCCGGUCAGUUAGCACUGACAGCCUCACCAUGGCAACAAACCCUGCUUUGUACUCACCUCCUGAAGAUCUGAGUAAGCUGAUAGGUCAGGCUCCGCUGGGGGAGUUGCCUGCUAUUGAGGAGGCACUGCAAGUCAUUCACACAGUGCGGAAUGAACCACGUCAGCGUCCAGAGGGGGCACCAGCUGGUUUCUUCCUCCACUCCCAUGAUAAGGAUGAGACCAGACUGAGCAGCUCUGCCCCGUGCCGUUCUGGGAUGAUGUACAGACCAAUCAGUGGGGAAGGAAUUAGUGACAGAAGGCCAACAGGUUGUUCCAAAGAUUCUGACAUGCCAGAAGACCUUGGAACACCCACCAAUGGACCAACAGGAGGCCAAAUGACAAGUUUCGCUGAGCGUAGGAAAAGGCUUCCAGAGUCUCCGGGGGCUUCUAGGGUCCUGGGCUCAGAGGAACCUUCAAGCCCAGGGAUGAUGAGCCCUGUUGGCACAGCGGAGGCUGAGGAGCUAGGGGCACAAUUGGAGGAAAAACGCAAAGCCAUUGAAUCACAGAAGAGACGGAUAGAGGCAAUCUUUACAAAGCACAGACAGAGACUCGGCAAGAGCGCCUUCCUACAACUGCAACGGCAACAAGGGGAAGGAGGAAAUGGAGUCAAAGAAGAGGCAGAUUCACUUAGUCUAGAUGAAAGACUUAAUAAAAUGGAGGAAGCGCUUCAAAAAGAGGAAGAUAAGGAGAAAGAGGAAGACAAGAGAAAGAAAGACAAGAAAAAAGACGAGGAAAUAGAAGAGAGGGACAGAGAACAAAAUGUCAAACUGCCACCCAAACUGGAGAAGCAGGUGACAUUCUCAUUGGAGCCGGAGAAGGUGCCUGAGAAAGAGCCACCACUGGUUGAAUACAACGAGGCAGUGUCCAAGCUAACCUCUGCCUUGCAAGCACUACAGAAGGAUAUGCAGCGUCUCACAGAACAGCAACAGAAGCUUAUGGGAAAGAAAACAUCAGCAUCUUCAUCAUCCAAAACCCUGCCACUUAAAACAAUCCCAUCUCCAAGCAAAGCAUGGGUCAUACCAGCAAGUCCAAAAAUCGCAGCCACACCCCCUCGUCUCUCACGUGAAUCCACCCGUGACCUUUCACCCUCAGGGUCACCAUCACGUCAAAGUGACCUUAAAUCACCUAAAACAUCCAAAAACUCCACUCGUAAGCUUUAUAACAACUCCCCUCCUCCUAAGAGCCCCAAACGACAGCACCCCAGCCGUCCCAGUGACCUUGGUUUCCAGCCCCUCACCCGUGUCCUCUCACCUCUCCAGAAUGUUGACACACUACCCCACCUUCGACGUGUUUCUCCCAGUCAAUGUCAGGUGCAGACCAACUCCACCCUUCGAAUCGGAGGUCCACGAACACCCCAGGAGCCUGAAAGUCAACCCCAACAGCAAUCAGCCCAAGAGAGUGCAGAGUCUGAAUCUGCUUCCAGCGACGAGCACACUCCAAUUUUCAGUCUGGAACUGGAGCCCACUGACCCUGCACCACCCCCUGCUGUGGAAUGUGCUGCGAGUGUUUGUGCUGGCAGUAGCUCUGGAGCACCCUCUGAGUGCUCAUUUCUCAGCGAUGUGCUUGUCAGCGCCUCACUGAGGCAGGAGGAGGGAGAGACAGAUCAGGAGCAGCUUGACAUCUUCUCCUCUGACUCUAUGAGUGACCACACGGAGACAGAGAGCAGAGCAGGGGUCAGCUUCUACUUUAAGGAGGAAGGUUUGUCAGAGGAGGAGAUGGCACUUAAGAGAGCUUUGUUACUAGAGCGACAGCAAAGACGGGCAGAAGAAAUAAAGAAACGGAGAGAGAGACAGGAGCAGGAGAACCCGAGCCAUCUGUCUUCUACAGACAGUCUGCUCCAGUAUGUGACUCCAUCCCUUUCCCAGUCUCUGCCCACCACAUAUCCUCCUCCACUGCCACCCCAGACUGCAAACACCCCUAGGACACCUCAGGCCACACCCCCCGGGACACCACAAAGGCGUGGGGGGUUCACAAAGGCAGAGUAUGAGCGAAGACACCAGCUGAAGAUAAUGGCUGAUCUGGAGAGGGCGCUGAAGCAGAAACCGGCACAACGCAGCAACAAGAAACACACACACUCACCACGCAAGGAGAAAAAAGUCGAACAGCAGAACCUUGUCCAGCCCAAUGGACCCCUGCCUCCAGACAAAGCCACCAGCACCUCUGACUCCACCUCUAAAUUGAUGUCACCUGGACUUCUAUCCAAUCAGAAUGGAGAGAAGGACUGGGAAAAUGGCUGCAAUGGUUCUUCUCCAGCAGAAUAUACUGGACCCAAAUUGUUCAAAGAGCCAAGUUUAAAAUCCAACAAGUUCAUCAUCCACAAUGCUCUGUCACGCUGCUGCCUUGCAGGAAAGGUCAACGAGAGUCAGAAGAACAAGAUUGUUGAGGAAAUGGAGAAAAGCUCAGCCAACCACUUCCUCAUCCUCCUUCGUGAUUCUAACUGUCAGUUCCGUGCUAUCUAUACGUUGGAUGGCCAGUCAGGUGAGAUGCAGAGGCUGUGUGGUGUCGGCCCUCGGACGAUUCCCUGCUCUUCGGUGGAGGCCAUUUACAAGUACAACUCGGACAGGAAGCAGUUCAGCACGCUGCCAUCUCGCACCGUCAGCAUGAGUGUGGACGCCUUCACUAUUUCUGCUCAGUUAUGGCAAAGCAAGAAACAAAGCACACCUAAAAAAACAGCCACUCCUAAAUAGGUAGAUGAUGCCUUUAAAACAGGCGACUGCUUAGUCUUGAGGUUCCCGUUCCUGGACUGUAUAUGGUUUAUGGAAUACCAAUCUGUGGGACAAUUUAUCCCAAAAUUUUAGCAUCUUAACCAUGAACAACCAUGAACAGUUGCAAAAAAAAAACCAAAAAAACAGAAUUCUGGUUGCUGGAGGUUUUAUCUUCUAACAUGUUUGGGUGAGGGGGCACAGUGGCUUAGUGGUUAGCAUGUUUACCUCACACCUCCAGGGUUGGGGGUUCGUUUCCACCUCCGUGUUGUGUGUGUGGAGUUUGCAUGUUCUCCCCGUGCCUCGGGGGUUUCCUCUG